GUCGCCGAUAAGUUUUCUUCACCACCGCUCAGUUUUGUAUGAUUAGCAUAGAAUGUCAGGUCAUAUUUCUUUAUUCUCUUAUAUAUAUUAUUAUUCAUCAACUAGCUUACGUAGAAUUUUAAGGUCAUAGGGCGUUUGUCAGCCAAUAGUAUGUGUCAGAAAUCCUCACGUGUGCUCGCUCUAUAUUUAGUCUGGAUAAUUCCGGUUUCGCGCCAGUCUUCGUCAGGCCACCGAAAGCUGCGAAGACUGUAAGUUUUCGUCCUCAUUUUUGUGCUUUAUUUAUAAUUAUUUGGGGGAUUUUACAUUUGUUAUAUAGUACCAUAUUUUGUGUGUGCCUGUACAUUGUGUAUUUACCUGUGUAUUCUGGCUUAUUUGACUUUAUAUCGGUGUAUUUGUUUGCAAACGUAUUGUUCACGUAGGCACAAAAAAUGUACAUGUGCGCGUGCUUGCACGCGUGUUUUGGUUUACCAGUUACGAUAUUGAUGGUAAAUAAUGUAAUUCAGCGCUGUUAUCUGUCAACUUAUGCUUGUAUUUACAGCACCAGAAUGCCGCUGUGAACCCAGAAAACUCCUGUGAACCCAGAAAACCCCUGUGAACCUGCAUAGAUAUCUGAUACCCAUCCAUUGUGUGUAGCGACGGGUGUUAGCCCCGCAUACGAUUUUUUCACCUGCCUAUUUUACGGGCUGAGUAAUAAAACGAAGGGGAAAACAUCCUGGUGUCACCUCGUCAAUUUUCUUCGGUGUCACUCAUACACACGGUGACAGUGAAAAAAUCGUACAUCCCAGUCAGAACUACUGUCGUCCCAGCAUCACAUCGGUUUAUCCUCGUCGUCGUCGUCGUCGCCUCUGGACUUGGGUUGGUCAUCGCUUCUCUUUUCUACCGGACAUCGCAGCACAUCGUAGUCUACACUGCUCAGCCUACCACCGUCGUCGAGACCUUGUCCUGCCGUUCUCACCCUACAGGAAGCUGAGGAGACCCUUGCAUCAUGUCGACGUUGGCAGAGCUCAAGACAGCCAGGACUUCUGCUAAGAGAGCCGUGACCAAGCAAGUCAAUAAGAUAAGACAGUGUAUAGCCGAAGACAACUUAAGUGACAUUGAUGAUAAUGUUGUAAAACUUAAAGAUCUGUUUAAGGAAUUUACGGCUGUCCAUGAUGAGUAUCAUGCAAUGCUUAUUGAUGAUGAUGACGUUGACGCUAGCGAAACAUACUUUUACAAGGAACAGGACGUAUACAUAUCCGUCCUUCACUCGACUAAGGAUGUAAAGAUUGGAGUUGAUCAUGAUAAUGAUUCAAGUACGCCCAAGUCAGGUACAUGUGGGGAUUUAUCUCGUGAAAAAUUCUUGGGUUUGUUGAAUUUGCCUAAGGUUGAGUUGCAAGUAUUUGAUGGCAAUCCUCUGCAUUAUCAUCAAUUCCUCAGAGCAUUUGAAGUCAAUGUUGAUAAAGUAUGCGAUGACAGUGACCUCAAAUUAGCUAGGCUCAUGCAAUACACAUCUGGUUCUGCUAAAGAAGCUAUAAGAGGUUGUCAGUUGAUUGGAGGACCCAGCGGUUACUCCCAGGCACGUUCUAUCUUAGAUAGUCGUUUCGGAAACGAACACCUUGUCACAGAACGUCUGAUUAAGGAGCUGAAAGUUGGUAAGCAACUAAGAUCCCCACAGGAAAUCCAACAGCUAGCGGAUGACAUGAAAUGUACCUUACUCACACUUACCCAGUUAGGUACUCUGGAUGAGGUUAAGUCACAAUCAUUCAUCCUUGAUGUGGUGAGCAGAUUGCCAAAUUAUGUUCAGUUGAGGUGGAAGAAAUCUGCCUUGAAGUCCAAGAAAGACAGUCAAUCCUACCCGGAGUUCAAAGACCUUGUAGAUUUCGUGGGCAAGAUCGCCAAUGAGGUUAACGAUCCUGUGUAUGGUAGCAUGCAUCCCAAGCGCUUUGAUAGACACAAGAGUACCAGUCAGGGUGUCUCACUAAAUUCUUGUGUGUCAACUCAGUCUCAGUCGGGGUCUAGUUCAAAGUCAGGUUCACCCAAGAAUGUCAAGUCAUAUGCUAAACCUGAACCACCAUGUGUGUUAUGUACCCGACCUCAUCGCUUGUGGCAUUGUGAUAAGUUCAAGCAAAUGAUUCCUAGGGAGAGAUUGAAUAUUGUUACUGUACACAAGCUUUGUCAUAAUUGUCUCCUUGCCUCUCACACUACAGAUAAUUGUGGUAAACGUUCAGUUUGUGGCGUAAAGGGUUGCGGCAGAAAACACACAAUGUACAUUCAUUGCCCUGAUAUCGCUCCACCUGAAACAAAGGUGUCUAAUGUAAGUUACCACGAAGAUAAGGAGACCCACAUGCCGAUAGUACAAGUUACUGUUAACAGUUCACGCAAGGUCCUAGCCUUGUUGGAUAGUGGGUCGAGUAAUUCAUUUUGCUCCAAGGGUUUGGUACACAGUUUGGGUUUGCAGGGAAGACCUUUAGAAUUCCAGCUCAGUACAUUAAACAAGUCGGGUGUUCACCAAUCCAAAAUUGUUGAUCUAUCGAUUGGGUCGGAAAGCGGAGAGACUAUGCAAAUGAAUGGUGUUUGUGUUGUUGAUAGCAUACCUGUGAAGAGUACACCUGUAGAUGUUUCUCUGUAUGCUCAUUUUGACGGUGUCGGUCUGAUACCCGCUUACGAUCAUGAUAACAUGCUUGUUGAUUUGCUUAUCGGUCAGGAUAACGCAGAAGCUCUUGUGCCACUGGAGGUCAGACGUGGAAGGUCUGGACAACCAUUUGCAGUUCGUACCUUGUUUGGAUGGUGCGUGAAUGGGCAGUCACCGGUCAGCAGAGUCAGUCGUAAGGUAGUCUCAAAUUUUGUGUCUUGUCUACCUGCCGAGGAUGUCUCCAAGCUGUGGAAGAUUGAAAAUGAGGGUUUAGAGUGUUCUUCAUGGUCGCAGGAAGAUAAGUCUGUGAUAAAGCUGUGGGACCAGGAACAUCGGAAGAUUGAUGGGCACUACGAACUUCCCAUACCCUGGAGAGACAGAGCAGAGUCCUUACCGAACAACUUCGUCGUGGCCAAGUCCAGACUGGAUUCUCUAGACAAGCGGCUGGUUGCGGGUGGUCUUUAUCCGAAGUACAGUGCAGAGAUCGACAAGCUACUGUGUAAGGGUUAUGCCGAGAGGAUUCCCCCAGAUGAGAUGACGGGUGAGAGGAUUUGGUAUCUUCCACACCAUGCAGUGAUAACCGACAAGAAGCCUGACAAGCUCAGAGUUGUUUACGAUUGUGCUAGCAAAUUCAGGGGAAAGUCACUCAACGACCGUUGUCUGCAGGGUCCUGAUCUUGUCAACAAGCUAUUGCCGGUUUUGUUACGCUUCAGACAACACAGCAUAGCUAUUCAGGCAGACAUCGAAGCCAUGUACAACCAGGUGAAGAUACCACCCCAAGACAGAGAUGCACUUAGGUUUUUGUGGUACAGAGAUGGUCACUUGGAAUACUACAGAAUGACUUCCCACUUGUUUGGGGGUGUUUGGUGCGCUUCAAGUUCGACCUACGCCCUCAGUCGCACGGUCAUUGAUACUCCAGAUGUUAGUCCCUUGGUCAGAUAUACAGUGGACAAGUCAUUUUAUGUUGAUGACUGUCUUAGUUCGGUGGCUUCGAAGAAUGAUGCAGAGACUGUUAUCAGGGAAACUCCGAGGGUCCUGAGUAAUGGCGGAUUCAGUUUGAAGAAGUUUGUCGUCAAUGAUGAAGAAUUGUUGAGUGAAGUGUCUGAAGAUUGCGUUGCCGAGGGAGUUCGUACAUUGGGUCCUGUGUGUGAGAGUCGAGCUCUGGGUAUAAAGUGGAAGAUUUCCACAGAUGAGUUCUUCUUUGAAGUCGGCUGUGACAAACAGAGUCCUAUCACCAGAAAGAAGAUGUUGAGUGCCGUGGCAUCCAUAUUCGACCCUCUCGGUCUACUAGGUCCUGUAGUGCUUACCGGUAAACUCCUGUUCCAGAAAGCUACAGCCGACAAAUUGUCUUGGGAUGAAACAGUUCCAGCACAGCUUGAAAAUGCCUGGUAUGCCUGGGUCCGGUCAUGCCAUGCCAUGAAGCAGUUGAACAUACCCCGGUGUGUCAAACCACGUGAAUUUGAUGAUGCUUGGAUUGAACUUCAUCAUUUUUCGGAUGCUAGUUCCAGGGCGUAUGGCUGCUGCAGUUAUAUCAGAUGUGUCAACAAAUAUGGGGGGGUUCAUGUUCAGCUGCUUCUCAGUAAAAGCAGAGUUGCCCCUUUGAAGAUGUGCACCAUACUGCGCUUGGAAUUGCAGGCUGCAGUCGUGGCUGCUAAGGUAGACGCGUUGUUGAGACACGAGUUGGAUCUUGACAUCACCAGUUCAUAUUUCUGGACUGAUUCAGAGAUUGUCCUUAAAUACAUCAAUAAUGACAGCAGGAGGUUUCAUGUGUUUGUUGGGAAUAGAGUUAGCCUCAUCAGAGAGUUGACUAAUCCAGAUCAGUGGCACCAUAUCGACGGCAAGUCUAAUCCAGCUGAUCUUGUGACGAGACCACAGUCGUGCUUGAAGUCAGAUGACAAAUGGUUCCAUGGUCCAGAUAUUCUGCACAAGUAUAAGCACGAUUGGGAUGCAGGUGAGAAGGAACCAGUAGACUUAGACGAUGAUGAUCCGGAGGUCCGUGAAUCUUCGUCAGUCACAGCUUUUGGUGCCGUUGCCACUGAACACCUGGAUGACGCUCCUCGAGUUAGCGUAUGUCAUGCAAACCAGGUUGUAGAGAAUGACCCGCUAGACAAGAUAAUGCAUCACUACUCCUCUUGGUAUAGGAUGAAACGAGCCCUAGCAUGGUGGUUGAGAUUCAUGGAGUUUCUGAAGAAGCGCGAGCCUGCAGGUCAACUAACCGUCAAAGAGAUCCAUCAUGCAGGGGAGAUUCUUGUCCGCAAGGCUCAAUCGCAGUCAUUUGCUUCGGAGAUUGGUAGAUUGGAGAAGGGGACAUUUGUGAAAGCUUCGAGUUCCAUGAGAGUGUUGAAUCCUUACCUAGACGAUCAAGGUUUGCUGAGAAUGAAUGGCCGGGUGAAGGGAGACAAUAAGGUUAAGAACCCACUCAUCAUCUCGGGAAAUCAUAUGUGA